UGAGAUUAUAAAAAUAGCUGCUGCAUUCGUCGGGGAGAGAAACGCCAAAUUCGCUUCCUUCUGUUAGUUGUUCUGAAAACUGUCGCUGUUAGUUGUUCUUUCAGGCCUCCUCUUUUCUGUUAAUCUAUUCCACUACGCAUAUUGAGCACUCAGACACUCAGUCUUAUUAUAUUCUGAAAUCUGUCGCUGCUAGCUGGGGUUGGGGACUCAAGUAGUUGCGGUUAGUCGUCCAUAGCUGGCUAGGUGGCUGGUAUUUGGUAUCAGUGGCUUGCAAUGCGAUCGAUUUUAGUUGGUAAUUGUUGAAAUAUAACAUAGGUGAAUUGACCAUCUUCUUUCAUUAGUAAGUUUUUGGGUUGAAUUGGUUAGUGCGUGUAACUUAAUAUAGUAUCAAAAUCAGAGGUUACGAGUUUAAAUCCCGGCUGGCGCAAUUAAAUAAAAUAAUUGUUACUCACUCUUAUUCCACGUUCGAGACUCAAAAGAGACUCGACGUGAGGGGAAGUGUUGAAAUAUAAUAUAAGUAAAUUGACCAACUCCUACAUUAACUUAAGUUUUUGUGUUGAAUUUGUUGAUGCAUAAUGUUCAUCGAAUGUUGUUAGUUACCUGUACAUACAAGCUACAGCAAGCAACUGGACGAUGAUGGCUUACAGGCAGUCAUACAAGCUACAGCAAGCAACUGGACGAUGUUGAAAUAUAAUAUUGAAGACAGACAUCCCGGCAUUCAUUCCUGCUUCGAGCCGAGACCCACCGACGUGUUCCUUGUAAGCUUCCCCAAGUCUGGCUCUGGCACAACCUGGCUCAAGGCACUCGCCUUCGCGACGCUCAAGCGUUCCACGCAUCCGCCGUUCGACGGCGACCAUCCGCUGCGCCAUUGCAACCCACAUGACUGUGUCAAGUUCCUCGAAAGCUAUUUCAACCAGCAGAAGGGUGAUGUCGAGGCGCUCCCGUCCCCGCGCGUGCUGGCAACGCACCUCCCCUACUCCCUGCUGCCCGGCAGCAUCGCCGAGGACGGAGAGCGCUCGGGGUGCCGGAUCGUGUACGUUUGCCGGGAACCCAAGGACGUGCUGGUGUCCUCCUCGCUGUUCACGAGAAAGGCGGCACCUGCGAUGGGGUUCGAGGAGCGGUCGUUCACGAUCCAGGAGGCCUUGGAGCUGUUCUGCGACGGCCGUUGUGUGUGCGGCCCGCAGUGGGAGCACGUCCUCCAGUACUGGGAGGAGAGCGUGAGGAGGCCUGGCAGUGUGUUGUUCUUCCGGUAUGAGGAGAUGCUGAUUGAGCCCGAGGCAGUGUGUUGUUCUUCCGGUAUGAGGAGAUGCUGAUUGAGCCCGAGGCGCACGUCAGGAAGCUCACCAAGUUCAUGGCACUAGUACACAAAGUCUCUAUAGUAGCAGUUCUAGAGACGUUUUCACUGGCGCUUUUCAGUGCCGCCAGUGCUAGGGGCCAGUGAAAAUUGUCAUUUCCAC